UUUGGAGGCGCGGAAGGUCACUAGUUGUGAAAAGUCUCCGCCAGGAGGGGGAGGGGUAGCAACGGUGUUUUUUUUAACCCAUCCCUCCAACCGCAGCUGCAGUAGCCGCAGAAGGCGGGCAGUCGGCGUUCGAAGAGGGUGCUGCGUUUGUUCUCUCUCUCGUCGCGAUUGACGUCGGUUCUGGUAGCCCUUCCCGCCCUUUCUCUCUUUCUGUGUUUGUUGCCUGCGCGCCAAGGCUCUGUUCGGUCGCGGACUCGGUUAGACGAGCGAAGGUUUAGGAAGCAGCGCUCUUCAGUUUCUACGCAGUUGCUGUCGUUCCUUUCUUACUCUCCACGCUUCCUUUUCUCUUCUUCUCUUUCUCUCCCCCCCCCAUUUUGUAGUCCCCUUUAAACUACCACGGCGCCCCCCACACCUUUGAAGCGGAAGUCUCUUUUCCUCCUCAACAGCCUGGACAUUCUCAAUAUGAGCGGUGUCGUCUGCGUUGAGAGACACCAGGGUAUGAUGCAUGACUAUCACAGAAGAAAUUCGUGUCUAUAGCUUUUAAGGACUUGAUUACAUCAUUUUAAAGCCUGGUAGUUUUGGAGUCAUCUGUUUUAAAGACACAACUGCCUGCAUUUUUUCCAAGCUGCUGUUUACCUAAGAAGGGGGGGGGAAAUUGACGUAUUAACACACAGCAGGACUUCGGAUUAUUUAAGCCACAGAAACAGCAAAAUGAUUCCUAAUGGCUAUUUGAUGUUUGAAGAUGAAAACUUCAUUGAGUCAUCUGUUGCCAAGCUAAAUGCUUUGCGAAAAAGUGGCCAAUUCUGUGAUGUGAGGCUCCAGGUGUGUGGACAUGAGAUGUUGGCACACAGAGCAGUACUAGCUUGCUGCAGUCCUUAUCUGUUUGAAAUCUUCAAUAAUGACAGCGACUCGCAUGGAGUUUCCCAUGUAAAAUUUGACGAUCUUAAUCCGGAAGCUGUUGAAGUCUUGUUAAAUUAUGCCUACACUGCUCAAUUGAAGGCUGAUAAAGAACUGGUCAAAGAUGUAUACUCCGCAGCAAAGAAGCUGAAGAUGGAGAGAGUCAAGCAGGUUUGUGGAGAUUAUUUGCUCUCCAGAAUGAAUGUUGAAACCUGCAUCUCAUAUCGAAACUUUGCAAGCAACAUGUGUGAUUCACGCUUAUUGAACAAGAUUGAUAGUUACAUUCAGGAGCACUUGUUACAGAUCUCUGAGCAGGAAGAAUUUCUUAAACUGCCACGUUUAAAGCUGGAGGUCAUGCUUGAAGACAAUGUUAGCUUGCCCAGCAAUGGCAAACUAUACACAAAGGUAAUCAACUGGGUGCAACGAAGCAUCUGGGAGAAUGGAGACAGUCUGGAAGAUCUGAUGGAAGAGGUUCAAACCUUGUACUACUCAGCUGAUCACAAGCUGCUUGAUGGAAAUCUGCUAGAUGGACAGGCUGAGGUGUAUGGCAGUGAUGAUGACCACAUUCAGUUUGUGCAGAAAAAGCCACCCCGUGAGAAUGAUCUCAAGCAGAUAAGUAGCAGUUCCUCUGGAAGUCUUUCUCCAAAUUCAGCAGUGCAGACUCCUAAACACGAGUGGAAAAUUGUUGCUUCAGAAAAGACCUCAAAUAAUACCUACCUAUGUCUUGCUGUCCUGGAUGGUGUGUUUUGUGUGAUUUUCCUUCAUGGACGUAACAGUCCCCAGAGUUCUCCAUCCAGCACUCCAAGAUUGAUGAAAAGUUUGAAUUUUGAGAUUCGAUCAGGUGACCUUAUAGAAAAGCCGAUGUCUCCUAUGCAGUAUGCUCGGUCUGGAUUGGGAACAGCAGAACUUGGCAGCAAGCUCAUAGCUGCAGGUGGCUAUAACAGAGAAGAAUGUUUGCGCACUGUAGAAUGUUAUGACCCCCGAAAGGAUUACUGGACUUUUACUGCCCCAAUGAGAACACCAAGAGCUCGGUUUCAAAUGGCAGUUUUAAUGGGGCAACUAUACGUUGUUGGUGGGUCAAAUGGCCAUUCAGACGACUUGAGCUGUGGGGAAAUGUAUGAUCCAGAGAUCGAUGAUUGGACUCCUGUUCCAGAACUCAGAACCAACCGUUGCAAUGCAGGAGUAUGUGCCCUGAAUGGAAAGCUGUUUGUUCUUGGUGGCUCAGAUCCUUAUGGUCAGAAGGGACUGAAAAACUGUGACGUCUUUGAUCCUAUAACAAAAUCUUGGGCAAGCUGUGCUUCACUCAAUAUUCGUAGGCAUCAGUCUGCUGUAUGUGAGCUUGGUGGACAUUUGUACAUCAUUGGAGGAGCUGAAUCUUGGAACUGCCUUAAUAGUGUGGAGCGUUACAAUCCAGAAAACAAUACCUGGACACUAAUAGCUCCUAUGAAUGUGGCUAGGCGUGGAGCUGGUGUUGCUGUACUUGAUGGAAAGCUCUUUGUUGGUGGUGGCUUUGAUGGUUCACAUGCAGUUAGCUGUGUGGAGAUGUAUGACCCUGCUAAGAAUGAGUGGAAGAUGAUGGGCAGUAUGACCGUUCCAAGAAGCAAUGCCGGUUUUGCAACAGUUGCCAACACUAUCUAUGCAGUGGGAGGAUUUGAUGGCAAUGAAUUUCUGAACACAGUUGAAGUCUACAAUCCAGGGUCAAAUGAAUGGAGUCCAUACACGAAGGUCUACAAAUUUUGACUGACGCAAGUCUCUUUAAAACUAACAGGCUUAGUGAUGUAAUUGUUAGUAGAGGUACACAUGUGAAUUGGGGGGGGGGGGUUAAGUUGCCAUCAGCAACACAAAGCUUUUGCAUAUUGCAUACUAUUAAUAUGCUGUACAUAUUUUUAUUUAGACUACAUGAAGGGUGUUCUGUGUUUUAGAAUUUGUUACUUUAGACUCUGGAAGAUAAUUCAGAGAGAAUAAGAAUGAAAGCUGAUGGCCUAUCAUUUCAAGAGCUUCCCCCAAUGUUUGUUUUGCCAAUUUGCACACACAAAUACUCUUACAUUAGAAUUUGUUUCUGGUGCAGGAAAGAUAGGAUGUUCAGUGUGAGCAAUUGCUUUUUAGGCCUUGUUCCAGUUUUUUAUCUUAACUGGAACAAUCUAAUAAGCCUUAUUUAAAUAGAUUCUGGCUUUAUACAAAAAAGCUGACACACCUGCCAAUUUGACUGCUUUUUAUAACUUUUUAUAUAUAAGUAUAGUCAGUUGUUAUAUUCUGAAGUGACAUGAGAUGUGCGUUGAAGCAGAGUUGAUCUCAAAGUUCAAAGACUGGAGUGAGACGUCAUUUUUCAUGUGUGAGAGCCUUUUUUUUUCCUGCUACAAUGUUGUAUGAAAUCAAGUACACAGUACUGAUUUUCAUUGCAUCUGACUGGAGUUUCUGAACAUGGAUGUAAUGUAAGGAAAAAUCUGGCUCCGAAAUUCAACUAAUGUAGAGGGGGUGCUUUUUUGUAUGGUGGUUCAGUUAAGCGGUUGUAACAAACAUGCAAAGCUGCAAAAUGCUAACAAUGUGUAAUGUGUUAGCUAGCAAGCUUAUCAAUCUGAAAAUUAUUGUAAAAGUUUGUAUCUUUCUACUGCAACCUGAAAACAUGCUAUAAUAAAAAAUCUGUGCUUAAUUGUUUAA